UUCCAGAUAAUGGCGAAGAUGGUGAGAAGAACGUGUGCGUUUUGUUCAGAAGGGGAGGCUGGUUCUGUGAUGUACAUUGCCAAAGAGCGAAAUAUUGCAGCUCAUCAGGAUUGUCUGUUAUUUUCCUCAGGAUUUGUGGAAUCUGAAGAGUAUAACCCAGAAAAUCUGGAUAUAAGAUUUGAUGUGGCAUCAGUGUUGAAAGAACUCAGGAGAGGAAAGCGGCUGGUGUGCAACUUCUGUCGCAAGAAAGGAGCCACUGUGGGAUGCGAGGAAAGAGCCUGUCGCAGAAGUUAUCACUACUUCUGUGCGCUCUGCGAUGAUGCAGCAAUAGAAACGGAUGAAGUAAAUGGAGUCUACCGAGUGUUCUGCCCAAAACAUGACCCAGGCAAUAGGACCAAUCACUAUGAUGCAGCUAAUAAGAGGAGAAGACAUGCAUUGAAACCUUCCACCAUCACAGAACAAAUGAGCACAGAAGAGACGGCAGAAGAAAACAGUUUACGAAUACUGAAAAGGAAAAACAACAGGCAUAAAGUCCGAAUAGACUUCCUUAGAAAAUGCAAGCAAGCUGGGCUUCUGGAUGACAUAUUUGAAGAAAUGCUGGACACGCUUCACCUGGCGCAGGAAAAACUGAUGGAUGACAACACUUCAGAAACAGAGUAUGAAGAGACAGUGAUGUCACUCUUUGACUGUGGACUGUUUGAAAAUAUACUGACAAAUAUUCAUUCAGCAACAGAGGAGAAGAUCCAGGAACUUCUGGAAAGCAGAAAAAGACUGGAUAACAAGAUUGAGCUACUGCAGGACUUAAAAGAAGUCGUCCUUCCUACCCAAGAGAACAGCGCUAGUACAUCUAGUACAGUGUCUGACUAA